GUUGAUACUAUCCUGCUUGAGUUCCUUUCGGGGCUCUGAGUUGAGCUUUUUCAAGCUAUUAAACCCCCUACUUUGGGGGGGUUUACUAUUCAAAUUGAGCCAAUAAAAUACUGUAACUAUAUGAAGGGCUGAUGGAGAACACAAGGGAUUUGGCUGAACGCACCCCGCGUUCGGAGCGUAAGCGCCAGGACUCGUUUGGAAUGUUUGACCGGUACGACAGCUGCAGUGAGGAGAGCACCAGUAGCUCCAGCUCAGAUGACAGUGAGGACGAGGUGCCCUCCAUCCCCGCCAGCCUGCCCAUCAUCAAAAACAAUGGACAGGUCUACACCUAUCCCGACGGCAAGACCGGCAUGGCCACGUGUGAGAUGUGUGGGAUGGUCGGAGUGCGAGACGCCUUCUACUCCAAGACUAAACGCUUCUGCAGCGUCUCCUGCUCUAGAAGUUACUCGUCCAACUCUAAAAAAGCCAGCAUCUUGGCUCGACUCCAGGGUAAACCACCUACGAAAAAGGCCAAGGUGUUACAGAAACAGCCUCUCAUGGCGAAGUUGGCAGCUUACGCCCAGUACCAAGCAAGUCAACAACAACAGAACCAGGCUAAGUCAAAAGCAGUGGUUCCUGUUGAAGGCUUUGACUGGGGGCGGUACAUCUGUAGCAAUAACUUGGUUGGAGCACCAGUCAGCUGCUUCAAGCACGUCCCUAUGGGUACGUGCUGGGGAGACCUAGCUGAAGGAGUGAUGGUCGAGGUGCUCAACUCCGAUACUAACCUCUCUACUAAAGUCUACUGGGUAGCAGGGAUCGUCAAACUGUCAGGGUUCAAGGCUCUGCUGCGGUACGAGGGUUUUGACAACGACACCAGCAGGGACUUCUGGUGUAACCUCUGUGUUCCAGAGAUUCACCACGUCGGGUGGUGCGCAUCCAGCGGGAAACCACUCGUACCUCCCAAAUCGAUACAGCUAAAGUACUCUAACUGGAAAGCUUUCCUUGUGAAGCGUCUCACUGGAGCCAAAACGCUACCACCAGACUUUGCCACCAAGGUCCAUGAGAACAUGCAGUUCCCCUUUAAGAAGCUGAUGCGUGUGGAGGUGGUGGAUAAGACUCACCUGUGCCGGACACGGGUGGCCCUGGUGGAGCAGGUGAUUGGGGGACGUCUGAGGCUGGUCUACGAGGAGGGCUCUGACGACUUCUGGUGUCACAUGUACUCCCCGCUCAUACACUCCAUCGGAUGGUCCCGGAGCAUCGGGCACCGCUUCAAACGAUCCGAUGUGUCAAAGAAAAUCGACGGUCAAAUGGAUGCCCCCGCCCAGCUGUUUGCCAAGGUGAAAGACGUGGACCAGCAUGGUGAAUGGUUCAGGGACAGGAUGAAACUAGAGGCCAUCGACCCUCUAAACCUCUCAGCUAUAAGUGUAGCCACUGUAAGAAAGGUGUUGGCAGACGGGUACCUCAUGAUCGGCGUCGACGGGUCGGAGGUGACGGAUGGCUCAGACUGGUUCUGCUACCACUCCACCUCUCCCUCCAUCUUCCCUGCCGGCUUCUGUGAAAUCAACAGCAUCGAACUCACACACCCUAGAGGGUACACUAAACUGCCAUUUAAAUGGUUUGACUACCUCAGAGAAACAAGUUCAAUAGCCGCUCCUGUGAAGCUCUUUAACAAGGAUGUUCCAAACCACGGGUUCCGUCAGGGUAUGAAGCUGGAGGCCGUGGACCUGAUGGAGCCCAGGUUGGUGUGUGUUGCCACUGUGACUCGGAUCGUCCACCGCCUGUUGCGCAUCCACUUUGACGGUUGGGAGGACGAGUACGACCAAUGGGUGGACUGUCAGUCGUCUGACCUCUACCCCGUGGGCUGGUGUCAGCUGACCGGAUACCAGCUACAGCCCCCCGCCGCACAGAUGGCCAGAGAAAUCCCAGCAGCUGUACCGAAGCACAAGAAGAAAGCCCAACAAUACAAAGGACAAAAGAAAAAGCGGAAGGUUCCGGUUGGUCGUCGGCUCUUCAGUCAGGCAGGCAGGAGGAGGAGCCUAUCAGGGGAGGACGAAGAGCAGAGUCCGCCCCCUUACUCCAACCAGGGCCCCACUCUGGCCCCCCGGUCCCGCACCCACCACCACUACCACCACCACCAUCACACCCACAAACCAGAGUCUCUGUUACGUCUUAAGGAGGAACAGGCUGAGGUGGAUGAGUUCAUCUUCUCCCAUGGCGUCUCAGACCAGGAGAGCAUCGGCUCUGGCAGCUACUACAUCAAACAGGAGCCCUGUUGACAGGGGGGACAGGGGACCGGGGCUAAGCCUGGGAGGGUAGGGGGAGCUGGACAAUAGAAACCCCUGAAAUCCAACAUCCAGAGAGACACUGCCUACAACCCCCAACUUAAGACAAGACACAUCCCUAAACCAAGACAAGAGCAACAGGGCAGGGAGAGCUCUAAAAAACCUCAUCCAGAAAAGAUGGCCCUCUAACACUGCAAUCAGGGGAGAAUACUGCUGGGGGACUUGGUACCCAAAAACACUAAGUGACUACAUGCCCGGAAACCCAAACCCUUAUCCCACAAAAUCAAGACAGGGAGCUACUUAGGUCUCCCCAAAACCAUCCAGGGGAGAAGAACACUUCUGAGAAGCUACAACAUCAAACCCUGGAGCCCUGAUGGACAGUCACUCAUUCAGUGAGACUGACAUACCAUAUAAACAACGGGUAACUGGACACUUCCUAAAGCCACUGACCAGAAGAGGGCUAAGAUACCUGGACAACCUGAUCAGAAUCCCACAUCCCUGAAUGAUUGGAUAUGACCAUGGCUUUCUGUCUUCCUCCAUAAAUGCAUCUAGGGCAGGGGGCCUUGGAGCUCUGGAUGCCCACUACAGAAGCCUGUUCUCUGGGUACUCUGUCUCUCCCACCACCCUGCCGUAGGCCAGGCAGGACCUCUGACACAACUCGGGGACACACACACAGACACCUGCACUAACUGUGACAGAUAUAUAGGUCUUUGGUUUAUUUAUUUCAGGUAAGGGAGCUAAGGAAGGAGGGAUUUUAUUUCACGCGGUCUUGAAAGCGAGGAAAGGAGGGGGAGGGAAAAAGCUGUAUAAAACAGUAAUCUUUUUUCCAACAAUUUUGCCAGGUGGACUUGCUUUGAUUUGCUAAUAGUACUUGAAGUUUUGGUAAAGUUUCUGUUUUUGUUAGUUUUUGUACUUUUUAAAUUGGAGGGUUGUUAUUUUGUCUUAAAUGCUGAUUUGUUAUCAACAGCUCUUUGGGGGAGUGGCGUGGAUAUUAUAGUAAGGAUACAUAUUCAUAGACGAGACCUAUUCAAUACAGAACUAUAUAGAUAUUAAGGAAAGUGAUUUGGCCUGAGUGGGUUUUGAAACCUUGUGAUAGGACUAGAUGGCGGUUGUGCCCCAAUAGGUUAACUGAUAUACUACUUAGUAUUGUCUAUGCAUACUAUGUAGUAUGCUAGUGUGUGUAAUGGGAUACACUAGAUAAACACAGUCACAGAUUGCACUACAGGAGCAAACAGCCAGUCUCUUUGGCUUGUUGAAACCAUCCUUACCUCUAGCAUGGCAGCAGCUUUAGAAUAGAAAGACCAGACUUCUCUAGUGUUUGUGUCUGUUUUUUAAUUAGGAAAACAACUCCAGAAACAAAGCUAAACCAUAUUAGAUACUCGUUAUUACACUCAACCAUUAUGUCUUAUUCCUUGUCAUAACCUAUUUUCUUCUAAGAAAACAAGUGCAAACUCUUCAUAAAUCUGUCCCUUAAAAGAGAGAGAAUUUCUAUCAAUCGAGCAAGUUGAAUCCUAAAAUGAUGUCAAUCAGAAAUAAAACAUUGUAGGCUUCAUGUCAAGAACGAGAUCGAGGUAUGCAAAACAGUUUGAUUAGGGAUUCCCCCCUCUUGUUUAUGGCUAAUUCUUUAUUUCAGAGCCAAAUGGAUGUGUACUGGUUAAGUAUUCAACCGAGUCACUGGAUAACAACGUUGUCGGUGUUAAUGUCUUAGUUUAUUAAACAUUGCUUUGUUGAUAGCCUUUUGUAAGUGUACGUUCACAAAACCAAUGGGAUCUGAUUGGAGAAGGCUAUAGCAGGAGAAAACCUUUCCCAUUGGCUUCUUUAUUCACCAAUUAGACCGCAUACAUUUUUUGCUAGAUUCCUGAUUGGUUGGAAAUCCUCCUGACUUCCUGAAUCAGCUUUAUGCAUUUUAGCUGGUUGUUAGUGGUGACAAUUGUAUCUAGACUUCCUCUCUUCCCUCGCAGUGAUAUGUUAUAUUGUUGUACUACCUCCUGAUGAGCUUGGCAGUCAAAUAGAGACAUCAUAAUGUGUGUCUAAUCUGAGAUGCAGGUUUGGGCAACUUGAUAUACCAUAUGCAAAUAAAAAAUAAUGAUAUCCUCAUAUGUCUGACCAGACACCGAACACAGAUAUUUGUAACAGCACAUUUUGAGGUAAUCCUCGAAAUGGAAUAAUAUGCAAUAAUGUUUUCUGUAUUUUGCUAUGUCAGAUCGCUGAAUUACAACACCCUGAAGUGAUAUUAAGGUACAUGCAAUAUAUUAUACUUGCUUCAAUUGACCUACAUUCUAUUGCGUAACUAUGGCAACUAUGUGAACUAUGGUCUAUAAACAGAAUAUAGUAGUUGUUAUUUGAACCCACUAUGUAUAAAUAGAAUAGUACAGAAAAGUUGAUCGAGCUCAGUUAUUGUUGCAGUGGAUGGGAAAUUACCUAGAAUCUCUCUAUAUACCAGUAAGGUUGACAAUUAACUUCUCAGGAAAUGUUUGCAUUUUUCUCUAAGGUGUUUUCUUGGCUGUAAGGGUCAAGCAAAGUGCAUUACAGUCAAAAUUAAACAAAAUGACAUUUUGCAUAAAGUUAUUCAAAGGAAAGUCUUAAUGGAAUAACUUGCUUACAAAUGAAUGUCUCUUCUUGCCCAUGUCUGAAUGUUGAUUUCUCCCCUGUUUUUUAUAUGGUUUCUUGUAUUAUGAUUGUUCUGUUGAUUUGGUGAGGUAUUUUACAUAAACCCUUCAUGUCCUAAUGAUUAACAAUGCAUUGAGAACCCAUUGAUCAGUGUUCAGUUUGACGCCAUGCUUUGUGUAGCUAGGUUUUACCCUCAAUUAUUGUUUCCAUGUGUAGUUCCUUUUCCAACGGAUGUACGAUCAAUAGUUUCUACCGUUUCCUCUCUCUGGGUUUUAGAUUGAGUUGUUAAUAUUAUUUAAGGUUAUAUACAAUGUCCAGCAGAGUAAUUAAAUGUAGUGUGUCACUAUCCUCUUAUGUCAACAAGGUUUGGAGUUCAGGAUUUGUUUUUUUGUUAACUUCAAGAAAUCAGAUCUGACACAGACUAUGAUGAACUAGAUGAGAAUGAAGAAAGCGUGAAACGAUUGUGGUAAUCUUAACCAAUUAACUGAUCAAAUUACGUAUCUUAGAAAAACAAAGACACAACUGUUUAUAGACUAACUUUGCUGCUACCUUCCAAAUAACCCAAAUAAUUCCUAAUGCACAAUCACAUUUUGGAGAGAGAGGUUUUUUUUUUCAGUGAUACAAUGACUCUUUAUUCUUAGAAAUGGAUGUAGGAAUGUCACCGAGAUGCCCAAUCCAAAAUCAACACCUCUGAAUCCCCCCUUAGAGACCUGAAAGAACAGGAUGCCAUUAUAGGCUCACACCUAUUUGUUCAGGUGUACAAGGGGCGAUUCAGGAAGUGUGUGGAGGGAGGGGCUGAUUUGGGACCGGAUCAAUUGAGAUAGUGCAUGCAAAAUUGUACGGUCUUUCUGUGGACCAACACUGAGCUUGUUUUGCUGUCAUGGUCUUUAGUCGUGCUACCGCUCACUCUAAAAUCGACCCCCUCGCCACUAAUCCUAUGUAUCCUAUAGAUCCGAAAGGAUUGGAUAGGUUUGAGAAAUAUGGUACGAACUCCAUUUUGCCCUUUUGAUAGGCUUAGUGGCAUUUUGAGGCAUAUUCCUUACACCUAUCGGAUCUUAACUGUGUAGUGGAAGUAGGGGGCGGGGAGUCAAUCGAGAAUGAGGUGUCUGUUUAUUCCUUGAAUACUAACACGGGUCUCUUUUUGUAUGUGACAACCCCACUAUAUUCAACCCUUAUAUAUCAUGGUGCUAUAUAUAUAUUUGAUAAAGUGAUGUAGUCAUUUUAUUGGGGAAAUAAUUCUCAUUAACUGUAAUUAUGAAUGGAGGGGCUUAAGUUAUGUUUUGGUGUUUUAUUUUGGAUACAAAUAACUAAAUGAUUUGUUAAAAAAAAAAAUAUAUAGUAUUGAAAUUAUAAACACUGACCCUUGUGGUAGAAAUUUGGUUGCAAUGUGGUUUGUACAUCUCUAACUAGAUACAUGAGGUUAUUUCUUCUGGUCAUUUUGUGCUGUGAUUGAGGUUUGAUAGACAAUACCUUGAAUUUGUAAAUAAACCAAAUGUUUGGGGACAUAAUAUUAGUUGUAUUAUUUGUGUGUCUUUUGUUUCCAAGUAUUGCAAACUGUUUCUGCAUGGCUGUGAAAAGGUGUCUGUUAACCAUUUUUGUAAGAAACAUUUUUUUUACACUGAUUAAAAUGAUCGUCAAUGGCAA